AUGGCUUCUGCAACGCCUACAAAAGCGUGCGUUCCGUGCCGCGCCCGCAAGACCAAGUGCGACGCCACCACCGCCGGCCUUCCGUGCAGUGGCUGUGUAAGUCGGAACUGCGCGGAGAAAUGUGUAGCAGCGACACGGAAACGACGAAGAAGGCCCGGUGAGCCCGCCGAGAACGUCAGCCCCCCCACGCCAGCUAGCCAUUGCCUUGAUCUAAAUCCGACGACGGCCACGCCCAGAUCGCAGAGGUUGCGUACCACGUCUCUUGCCUGGGAUCACAGCCCCGACAGCCCGUCACGGCAGGCGCUCGCCCCAGACUCGAUCGAUAAGCGUCAGUCACAGACGCAACUGCACUACUAUCACAUAUUGAAAGAAGCUGUCGAUGACGGUGCGCUUGAUGACCAGAAUGACAAGACCGGGACACCGUUUGACCCGGAUGAUGACGACCAGCCGUGGCAUGGGGUGCCUCAGUUGGACGACAUUGACAAGGAGUACCUGAACAAGAAGAAGGUGUUCGACUUGCCAACUAAGCGAUACUUGGCUGUCUUUAUUACAAGCUACUUUACGACGCUGGAGCCGUACGCGCCCAUCAUUGACAAGGGCGACUUUAUCCACAACUUUGAGUCUGGAACGUGCUCGCUCUUCUUGCUAUACGCCAUCUUGGCCGCGUCUAGUCUAUACGUGCCGCACGAAACUAUUGAAGAGUGCGGCUUUGCGGAGCGAGCAGAAGCGCAAGCCACGUUUGCAUCGAGAGCCACUCUGCUCUACGACUUUCAAGUGGAAAGCAAUGCAUUGGAUUUCUUGCAAGGCUCGCUCCUCAUGACCAAGGUACUUCUUGAGCAUCCCACCGACAAGGACUUCAACUACUGGUUUUAUAAUGCCCUUCGACUAGCCACCAAACUUGGACUCUACAGCCGAUUAAACCGAAACUGCAAGCCCGACGCGGACCAUGGCUUAUAUUCCAGGAUUGCUUGGGCCCUCUAUUGCCGCCAUCAAUAUACGGGAGAAUUUUGUCGAGUGCUGCCCAAGAUCCGGCCGUCGAUCUUCAGCAGCUGA